AUGAAGAAAAUCCAGAAAUUCCUUAUCGGGAUCCUUUCCAUCCACAUUCUUCUUUGCGCAACAACUAAGACCAAACCAAAGACUUCAAUAUCAGUUACUGAGCCAUCAACUUUACCUACAACUGAGACUGAAGCUUCAAAAACAACUGAAUCCACAACUUCAACCACUACUAAGUCCACAAAUUUACCCACAACUGGGUCUGCAGCAUUUACCACUACUGGGUUCUCAAAUUCACUUGAAACCGCAAGUGCAACCACACAUGAGUCUACACCUGGGUUCAUAACUCUACCCACGAUACAACCCUCAACUUUACUUAGCACUGUAAUUACAACUGAGGCUGAAACUUUACUUACAAGUGAGUCUGAAACUUUAACUGCAACUGAAUCUGAAACUUUAACUGCAACUGAAUCUGAAACUUUACUUACAACUGACUCCGAAACUUUAACUGCAACUGAAUCUGAAACUUUACUUACAACUGAGGCUGACACCUUACUUACAACUGAAUCUGAAACUUUAACUGCAACUGAAUCUGAAACUUUACUUACAACUGAGGCUGAAACUUUACUUACAACUGGGUCUGAAACUUUACUUACAACUGAGGCUGAAACUUUACUUACAACUGAGGCUGACACUUUACUUACAACUGAGGUUGACACUUUACUUACAACUGAAUCUGAAACUCUACCUACAACUGAGUCUGAAACUUUAACUGCAACUGAAUCUGAAACUUUAACUGCAACUGAAUCUGAAACUUUACUCACAACUGAGUCUGAAACUUUAACUGCAACUGAAUCUGAAACUUUACUUACAACUGAGGCUGAAACUUUACUUACAACUGGGUCUGAAACUUUACUUACAACUGGGUCUGAAACUUUACUUACAACUGAGGCUGAAACUUUACUUACAACUGAGGCUGACACUUUACUUACAACUGAAGUUGACACUUUAAUUACAACUGAAUCUGAAACUUUACUUACAACCGAAUGUGAAACUUUACUUACAACUGAGUCUGAAACUUUAACUGCAACUGAAUCUGAAACUUUACUUACAACUGAGGCUGAAACUUUACUUACAACUGAGGCUGAAACUUUAUUUACAACUAAGGCUGAAACUUUACUUACAACUGGGUCUGAAACUUUACUUACAACUGAGGCUGAAACUUUACUUACAACUGAGGCUGACACUUUACUUACAACUGAGGUUGACACUUUACUUACAACUGAAUCUGAAACUCUACUUACAACUGAGUCUGAAACUUUAACUGCAACUGAAUCUGAAACUUUAACUGCAACUGAAUCUGAAACUUUACUUACAACUGAGGCUGAAACUUUACUCACAACUGAGUCUGAAACUUUAACUGCAACUGAAUCUGAAACUUUAACUGCAACUGAGUCUGAAACUUUACUUACAACUGAGUCCGCAACAUUAACCACCCCUGAGUCCACAGCUAUCCUCACAACUGAAUUUGAAACUUUACCCACUGCUGAGUUCUCAACUUUACCCACAAAUGAUUUUUCAACUAUCCCUAUAAUUGAGUCCGCAACUUUAACAACAACUGAGUCUGAAACGUUAACUAUUACUGAGUUCUCAACUUUACUCACAACACAGUCUGCCACUUUAACCACAAUUGAGUCUGCAACUAUCCCUACCACCGAGUCUGCAACUUUAACUGCAACUGAGGAUGCAACUAUAAACACAACUGAGUCCUCAACUUUACCCACAACUGAGUCCUCAACUUCAAACACAACUGUGUCUGUAAGGUCUACCACAAUUGAGUCUGCAAAUUUAAAGACCACAGCUGAGUCUUCAACUUUAAUUACAACUGAGUCCACAACUUUACCCACAACUGAGCUUUCAACUUUAACCACUAUUCAGUCCUCAACUUUAUGCGCAACUGAGUCUACAGGUUCUACCACAACUGAGUCUGCAAAUUUAACCACAGCUGAAUCCACACCUAGCCUCAAAACUGAGUCUGCAAGCGUCACCACAGCUGAGUCUUCAAUUUUAACCAGACGCGAGUCUGCAAGUUCAACCCCAACUAAUUCCACAAUCAAGUCUUCAACUUUUACCACAAUUGAGUCUGCAACAUUACCUGCUACUGGGCCCCCAACUUUAACCACUACCAAGUCUUCAACUUUAACCCCUACUCAGCUCUCAAGUUUACUUACAACUGAGUCUGCAAGUUCAAUCACAACUGGGCCCACAAAGUUACCCACAACUGAGCUUGCAACUUUAACCCCUAUUCAGUCCUCAACCUUACUCACAACUGAGUAUACAAAUGUAACCAUAACUGGAUCCACAACUAGCCUCAAAACUGAGUCUGCAAGUUUCACUACAGCUGUGUCUUCAGCUUUAACCACAAGUGAGCCUGCACCUUUAACCUCAAUUGCAUCUGCAAGUUCAACCACAACUUUACCCACAACCGGGCUCUCAUUGUUAACUACUACUGGGCCCCCAAUUUUAUCCACAACUUUAGCCACUACUAAGCCCACAACUUUAACUUUAACCACAAGUGGUUCUGCAACUUUAACCCCAAUUAAAUCUGCAAGUUCAACCACAACUAAAUCCAUAACAUUAUCCAAAUCUGGGUCCACAAUGCUACCCACAAUCAAGUCUUCAGCUGUAACCGCAAUUGAGUUCACAACGCUAACUGCUACUGGGCCCCCAACUUUAAGCACAACUUUAGCUGCUACUGAAUUAACCACAACUGAGUCCACAACUUUAGCCGCGACCAAGUCUUCAGUUUUAACCUCUACUCAGCUCCCAACUUUACUCACAACUGAGUUUGCAAGUUCAACCACAACUGAGUCCCCAAAUUUAACCACAACUGGGUCCAAAGAUUUAACCACAACUGACUCUGUAACUUUAACAGCUUAUAAGUCUGCAUUUUUAACCUCAACCGUGUCUGCAAGUUCAAACAUAACUGGGUUUGCGACUUUCACCACAAAUGAGUUCACAAUUAUCCCCACAAAUAGGUCCACAACAUUAACCGCUGCUGAAUCCUCAUCUUUACUCACAACUGGGACUGCAAGUUCAACCACAGCUAGAUCCACAACUAGCUUCAAAACUGAGUCUGCAAGUUUCAUCACAACUAAGUCCAUAACAUUAUCCAAAACUGGGUCUUCAACUUUACCCACAACCAAGUCUUCAACUUUAACCCCAAUUGAGUCCGCAACGCUAACUGCUACUGGGCCCCCAACUUUCGCCACAAUUUUAGUUGCUACUGAAUCCACAAAAUUAACCACAACUCAGUCCACAGCUUUAGACUCUACCAAGUCUUCAACUUUAACCCCUUCUCAGCUCCAAACUUUACUCACAACUGAGUCUGCAAGUUCAACCACAACUAAGUCCAUGACAUUAUCCACAACAGGGUCCCCAACUGUACCCACCAUCAAGUCUUCAACUUUAACCCCUUCUCAGCUCCUAACUUUACUCACAACUAAGUCCAUGACAUUAUCCACAACAGAGUUCCCAACUGUACCCACCAUCAACUCUUCAACUUUUACCACAACUGAAUCUGCAACAUUAACUGUUACUAUGCCUCCGACUUUAACCACAGCUUCAGCUGCUACUGAGCCCACAGCUUUAACCACAACUGAGUCUUCAACAACAUCUAGGUCCGCAGCCUUAACCUCAACUGUGUCUGCAAUUUCAAACACAGCUGGGUUGACGACUUUUGCCACAAAUAAGCAUACAAUUACCCCCACAAAUGGGUCCACUACUGCUGAGUCAUCAUCUUUACAUGCAAUUGGGACUGCAAGUGCAUCGAUAAUUGAUUCUACAAGUUUAACUACAAUGGAGUCCCCAACAUUAACUGCUACUGGAUCCCCAACUUUAACCACAGCUGAGGCCACAACUUUAGCCGCUACUAAGCCUGCAACUUUACUCACAACUGCAAGUUCAUCGACGAAUUUAACCACAAGUGCAUUCACAAUAAUCUCCAAAACUGAGGCCACAACUUUAAACACAAUUGAGUCCACAACUUUACCCACAACUGAGCCCUCAACUUUAACCACAACUGAGUUUGCAACUUUAACCACUAUUAAGUCCCCAACUUUACUCACAAAUGAGUCCACAAGUUCAGCUACAACUGAGUCUGCAAAUGUAACCACAAUGGAAUCCACAACUGGGUCCAAAACUGAGCCUGCAAGUUCAACCACAACUUUAUCCUCAACUGGGUCCAAAACUUUACCCACAAUCAAGUCUUCAGCUUUACCCACAUUUCAGUCUACAAAGGAAACUGAGCCCCAAACUUUAACCACAACUGAGUCUUCAACAUUAACAGCUUCUAAGUCUGCAGCUUUAACCUCAACGGUGUCUGCAAGUUCAAACACAGCUGAUUCUACAACUUUAGCUCCAACAUUGGCUGCUACUGGAUCCCCAGCUUUUACCACAACUUUAGCCGCUACCGCAUCUGCAACUUUAACCACUACUCAGCUCUUACAAUUACCUACAACUGAGUCUGCAAAGUCAACCACAACUGAGCCUUCAACUUUAAAUACAACCGAGUCCACAUCUUUACCUACAACUGAGUCUGCAAGUUCAACCACAAUUAAGUCUGAAAAUGUAACCACAACUGAAUCCAUAACUAACCUCGAAACUUUAACCUCAAUUGAGUCUGCAAAUUCAACCCCAACUAAGACCAUAACAUUAUCCACAAUUGGGUCCAAAACUUUACCCGCAAUCAGUUCUUCAGCUUUACCCACAAUUGAGUCUACAAAGGAAACUGCUACUGGGCCCCUAACUUUAACCACAACUGAGUCUUUAACAUUAACAGCUUCUAAGUCGGCAGCUUUAACCCCAACGGUGUCGGCAAGUUCAAACACAGCUGGGUUUACAACUUUCACCACAAAUGAGUUCACAAUUAUCCCCACAAAUGGGUCCACAUUAACCACUGCCGAGUCAUCAUCUUUACUCGCAACUGGUGCUGCAAGUUCAGCCACAACUGAUUCCACAACUUUAACUCCAAUUGGGGCCCCAACAAUAGCUGCUACUGGAUCCCCAGCUUUAACCAUAACUUUAGCCGCUACCGCACCUGCAACUUUAACCACUACUCAGCUCUUACAAUUACCUACAAGUGAGUCUGCAAAGUCAACCACAACUGGGCCUUCAACUUUAAAUACAACCGAGUCCACAUCUUUACCUACAACUGAGUCCACAUCUUUACCUACAACUGAGUCCGAAAGUUCAACCACAAUUAAGUCUGAAAAUGUAACCACAACUGAGGCCACAACUUUAAACACAAUUGAGUCCACAACUUUACCCACAACUGAGCCCUCAACUUUAACCACAACUGAGUUUGCAACUUUAACCACUAUUAAGUUCCCAACUUUACUCACAAAUGAGUCCACAAGUUCAGCUACAACUGAGUCUGCAAAUGUAACUACAACUGAAUCCACAACAAGCGUCAAAACUGAGCCUGCAAGUAAAUCCACAACUUUAUCCACAACUGGGUCCAAAACUUUACCCACAAUCAAGACCUCAGCUUUACCCACAAUUGAGUCUACAAAGGAAACUGAGCCCCAAACUUUAACCACAACUGAGUCUUCAACAUUAACAGCUUCUAAGUCUGCAGCUUUAACCUUAAUGGUGUCUGCAAGUUCAAACACAGCUGAUUCUACAACUUUAGCUCCAACAUUGGCUGCUACUGGAUCCCCAGCUUUUACCACAACUUUAGCCGCUACCGCAUCUGCAACUUUAACCACUACUCAGCUCUUACAAUUAUCUACAACUGAGUCUGCAAAUUCAACCACAACUGAGCCUUCAACUUUAAAUACAACCGAGUCCACAUCUUCACCUACAACUGAGUCCACAUGUUUACCUACAACUGAGUCCACAUCUUUACCUACAACUGAGUCCGAACGUUCAACCACAAUUAAGUCUGAAAAUGUAACCACAACUGAAUCCAUAACUAACCUCGAAACUUUAACCCCAGAUGAGUCUGCAAAUUCAACCACAACUAAGGCCAUAACAUUAUCCACAAUUGGGUCCACAACUUUUCCCACAAUCAAGUCUUCAACUUUAACCUCAAUUGAGUCGGCAAAAUUAACUGCUACUGGGCUCCCAACUUUAACCAAAACUUUAACUACAACUGAGUCCACAACUUUAGCUGCUAACAAGUCUUCCACUUUAACCACUACUCAUCUUUCAACUUUACUCACAACUGAGUCUGCAAGUUCGAUCACAAAUGGGUCCACAACUUUACCCACAAUCAAGUCUUCAACUUUAACCGCAAUUGAGUCCGCAACAUUAACUGCUACUGGGCCCCCAACUUUAACCACUACUUUAGCCGCUACUGCGUCCACAGCUUUAACCACUACUGAGUCUGCAACUUUAAUAGCUUCUAAGUCUGCAAGUUCAAACAUAACUGGGUUUGCGACUUUCACUAAAACUAGGUUCACAAUUAUCCCCACAAAUGGGUCCACAACAUUAACCACAACUGAAUCCUCAUCUUUAAUUGCGACUGGGACUGCAAGUUUAACCAAAACUGAUUCCACAACUUUAACUACAACUGAGUCCCCAACGUUAGCGGCUACUGGAUCCCCAACUUUAAUCCAAACUGAGUACCCAACUUUAGCCACUACUGAAUCUGCAACUUUAACCACUACUCAGCUCUCAGCCUUACUUACAACUGAGUAUGCCAAUUUAACCACAAAUGAGUCCACAACUUUAACAGCUACUGAGUCCACAGGUUUAACCACCAAUGAGUCUUCAAUUUUAACUUCUACUGGGUCCAAAACUUUUACUGCUACUGAAGUUACAGCUUUAACCACAACUGGUUAUGCAACUUUAACCACUACGGAGUUCACAACUUUAACACCAACUGAGUCCACAACUUUAACUGCUACUAAGUCCACAUCAUUAUCCACAAUUGAGUCUGCAAUUUUAAUCACAACAGCUUUACCACUAGCUGAGUCUGCAACUUUAACUGAUACUGAAUUUUCAACUGUAACCACUACUGAGUCCACAGCUUUACCCACAACUGAAUCUUCAACUUUAACACCUGCUGAGUCCACAGCUCUACCCACAACUGAAUCUGAAACUUUAACUGCUGAGUCCACAACUUUAACCAAUACCGAAUCUUCAACUUUAGCCACUGCUGAGUCCACAACUUUACCCACAACUGAGUCUUCAACUUUAACACCUGCUGAGUCCACAGCUCUACCCACAACUGAGUCUGAAACUUUAACUGCUGAGUCCACAACUUUAACCGAUGCCGAAUCUUCAACUUUAGCCACUGCUGAGUCCACAACUUUACCCACAACUGAGUCUUCAACUUUAACACCUGCUGAGUCCACAGCUCUACCCACAACUGAAUCUGAAACUUUAACUGCUCAGUCCACAACUUUAACCGAUACCGAAUCUUCAACUUUAGCCACUGCUGAGUCCACAGCUCUACCCACAACUGAAUCUGAAACUUUAACUGCUGAGUCCACAACUUUAACCGAUACCGAAUCUUCAACUUUAGCCACUGCUGAGUCCACAACUUUACCCACAACUGAGUCUUCAAUUUUAACACCUGCUGAGUCCACAGCUCUACCCACAACUGAGUCUGAAACUUUAGCUGCUGAGUCCACAACUUUAACCGAUACCGAAUCUUCAACUUUAGCCACUGCUGAGUCCACAGCUCUACCCACAACUGAAUCUUCAACUUUAACUGCUGAGUCCACAACUUUAACCAAUACCGAAUAUUCAACUUUAACCACUGCUGAGUCCACAACUUUACCCACAACCGAGUCUUCAACUUUAACACCGGCCGAGUCCACAGCUCAACCCACAACUGAAUCUGAAACUUUAACUGCUGAGUCCACAACUUUAACCAAUACCGAAUCUUCAACUUUAGCCUCUGCUGAGUCCACAGCUCUACCCACAACUGAAUCUUCAACUUUAACACCUGCUGAGUCCACAGCUCUACCCACAUCUGAACCUGAAACUUUAACUGCUGAGUCCACAACUUUAACCGAUACCGAAUCUUCAACUUUAGCCACUGCUGAGUCCACAACUUUACCCACAACUGAGUCUGAAACUUUAACUGCUGAGUCCACAACUUUAACUGAUACCGAAUCUUCAACUUUAGCCACUGCUGAGUCCACAACUUUACCCACAACCCAGUCUUCAACUUUAACACCUGCUGAGUCCACAGCUCUACCCACAACUGAAUCUGAAACUUUAACUGCUGAGUCCACAACUUUAACCGAUACCGAAUCUUCAACUUUAGCCACUGCUGAGUCCACAACUUUACCCACAAAUGAGUUUUCAACUUUAACACCUGCUGAGUCCACAGCUCUACCCACAACUAAGUCUGAAACUUUAACUGCUGAGUCCACAACUUUAACCGAUACCGAAUCUUCAACUUUAGCCACUGCUGAGUCCACAACUUUACCCACAACUGAGUCUUCAAUUUUAACACCUGCUGAGUCCACAGCUCUACCCACAACUGAGUCUGAAACUUUAACGCCUGCUAAGUCCACACCUCUACCCACAACUAAGUCUGAAACUUUAACCGCUGAGUCCACAACUUUAACCGAUACUGAAUCUUCAACUUUAACUACUAUCAAGUCUUCAAUUUUAACACCUGCUGAGUCCACAGCUCUACCCACAACUGAAUCUGAAACUUUAACUGCUGAGUCCACAACUUUAACCGAUACCGAAUCUUCAACUUUAGCCACUGCUGAGUCCACAACUUUACCCACAACCGAGUCUUCAACUUUAACACCUGCUGAGUCCACAGCUCUACCCACAACUGAAUCUGAAACAUUAACUGCUGAGUCCACAACUUUAAACAAUACCGAAUCUUCAACUUUAGCCACUGCUGAGUCCACAACUUUACCCACAACAGAGUCUUCAACUUUAACACCUGCUGAGUCCACAGCUCUACCCACAACUGAAUCUGAAACUUUAACCGUUGAGUCCACAACUUUAACCGAUACCGAAUCUUCAACUUUAGCCACUGCUGAGUCCACAACUUUACCCACAACUGAGUCUUCAACUUUAACACCUGCUGAGUCAACAGCUCUACCCACAACUGAAUCUGAAACUUUAACUGCUGAGUCCACAACUUUAACCUAUACCGAAUCUUCAACUUUAGCCACUGCUGAGUGCACAACUUUACCCACAACUGAGUCUUCAAAUUUAACACCUGCUGAGUCCACAGCUCUACCCACAACUGAGUCUGAAACUUUAACUGCUGAGUCCACAACUUUAACCGAUACCGAAUCUUCAACUUUAGCAACUGCUGAGUCCACAGCUCUACCCACAACUGAGUCUGAAACUUUAACUGCUGAGUCCACAUCUUUAACUCAUACCGAAUCUUCAACUUUAGCCACUGCUGAGUCCACAACUUUACCCACAACUGAGUCUUCAACUUUAACACCUGCUGAGUCCACAGCUCUACCCACAACUGAAUCUGAAACUUUAACUGCUGAGUCCACAACUUUAACCGAUACCGAAUCUUCAACUUUAGCCACUGCUGAGUCCACAACUUUAACCGAUACCGAAUCUUCAACUUUAGCCACUGCUGAGUCCACAGCUCUACCCACAACUGAAUCUGAAACUUUAACUGCUGAGUCCACAACUUUAACCGAUACCGAAUCUUCAACUUUAGCCACUGCUGAGUCCACAACUUUACCCACAACUGAGUCUUCAAUUUUAACACCUGCUGAGUCCACAGCUCUACCCACAACUGAGUCUGAAACUUUAGCUGCUGAGUCCACAACUUUAACCGAUACCGAAUCUUCAACUUUAGCCACUGCUGAGUCCACAGCUCUACCCACAACUGAAUCUUCAACUUUAACUGCUGAGUCCACAACUUUAACCAAUACCGAAUAUUCAACUUUAACCACUGCUGAGUCCACAACUUUACCCACAACCGAGUCUUCAACUUUAACACCGGCCGAGUCCACAGCUCAACCCACAACUGAAUCUGAAACUUUAACUGCUGAGUCCACAACUUUAACCAAUACCGAAUCUUCAACUUUAGCCUCUGCUGAGUCCACAGCUCUACCCACAACUGAAUCUUCAACUUUAACACCUGCUGAGUCCACAGCUCUACCCACAUCUGAACCUGAAACUUUAACUGCUGAGUCCACAACUUUAACCGGUACCGAAUCUUCAACUUUAGCCACUGCUGAGUCCACAACUUUACCCACAACUGAGUCUGAAACUUUAACUGCUGAGUCCACAACUUUAACUGAUACCGAAUCUUCAACUUUAGCCACUGCUGAGUCCACAACUUUACCCACAACCCAGUCUUCAACUUUAACACCUGCUGAGUCCACAGCUCUACCCACAACUGAAUCUUCAACUUUAACACCUGCUGAGUCCACAGCUCUACCCACAACUAAGUCUGAAACUUUAAUUGCUGAGUCCACAACUUUAACCGAUACCGAAUCUUCAACUUUAGCCACUGCGGAGUCCACAACUUUACCCACAACUGAGUCUGAAACUUUAACUGCUGAGUCCACAACUUUAACUGAUACCGAAUCUUCAACUUUAGCCACUGCUGAGUCCACAACUUUACCCACAACCCAGUCUUCAACUUUAACACCUGCUGAGUCCACAGCUCUACCCACAACUGAAUCUGAAACUUUAACACCUGCUGAGUCCACAGCUCUACCCACAACUGAGUCUGAAACUUUAACUGCUGAGUCCACAACUUUAACCGAUACCGAAUCUUCAACUUUAGCCACUGCUGAGUCCACAACUUUACCCACAAAUGAGUUUUCAACUUUAACACCUGCUGAGUCCACAGCUCUACCCACAACUAAGUCUGAAACUUUAACCGCUGAGUCCACAACUUUAACCGAUACUGAAUCUUCAACUUUAACUACUAUCAAGUCUUCAAUUUUAACACCUGCUGAGUCCACAGCUCUACCCACAACUGAAUCUGAAACUUUAACUGCUGAGUCCACAACUUUAACCGAUACCGAAUCUUCAACUUUAGCCACUGCUGAGUCCACAACUUUACCCACAACCGAGUCUUCAACUUUAACACCUGCUGAGUCCACAGCUCUACCCACAACUGAAUCUGAAACAUUAACUGCUGAGUCCACAACUUUAAACAAUACCGAAUCUUCAACUUUAGCCACUGCUGAGUCCACAACUUUACCCACAACAGAGUCUUCAACUUUAACACCUGCUGAGUCCACAGCUCUACCCACAACUGAAUCUGAAACUUUAACCGUUGAGUCCACAACUUUAACCGAUACCGAAUCUUCAACUUUAGCCACUGCUGAGUCCACAACUUUACCCACAACUGAGUCUUCAACUUUAACACCUGCUGAGUCAACAGCUCUACCCACAACUGAAUCUGAAACUUUAACUGCUGAGUCCACAACUUUAACCUAUACCGAAUCUUCAACUUUAGCCACUGCUGAGUGCACAACUUUACCCACAACUGAGUCUUCAAAUUUAACACCUGCUGAGUCCACAGCUCUACCCACAACUGAGUCUGAAACUUUAACUGCUGAGUCCACAACUUUAACCGAUACCGAAUCUUCAACUUUAGCAACUGCUGAGUCCACAGCUCUACCCACAACUGAGUCUGAAACUUUAACUGCUGAGUCCACAUCUUUAACUCAUACCGAAUCUUCAACUUUAGCCACUGCUGAGUCCACAACUUUACCCACAACUGAGUCUUCAACUUUAACACCUGCUGAGUCCACAGCUCUACCCACAACUAAGUCUGAAACUUUAACCGUUGAGUCCACAACUUUAACCGAUACCGAAUCUUCAACUUUAGCCACUGCUGAGUCCACAACUUUACCCACAACUGAGUCUUCAACUUUAACACCUGCUGAGUCCACAGCUCUACCCACAACUGAAUCUGAAACUUUAACUGCUGAGUCCACAACUUUAACCGAUACCGAAUCUUCAACUUUAGCCACUGCUGAGUCCACAACUUUACCCACAACUGAGUCUUCAACUUUAACACCUGCUGAGUCCACAACUUUACCCACAACUGAGUCUUCAACUUUAACACCUGCUGAGUCCACAGCUUUACCCACAACUGAAUCUGAAACUUUAACUGCUGAGUCCACAACUUUAACUGAUACCGAAUCUUCAACUUUAGCCACUGCUGAGUCCACAACUUUACCCACAACCGAGUCUUCAACUUUAACACCUGCUGAGUCCACAGCUCUACCCACAACUGAAUCUGAAAAUUUAACUGCUGAGUCCACAACUUUAACCGAUACCGAAUCUUCAACUUCAGCCACUGCUGAGUCCAUAACUUUACCCACAACUGAGUCUUCAACUUUAACACCUGCUGAGUCCACAGCUCUACCCACAACUGAAUCUGAAACAUUAACUGCUGAGUCCACAACUUUAAACAAUACCGAAUCUUCAACUUUAGCCACUGCUGAGUCCACAACUUUAACCGAUACCGAAUCUUCAACUUUAGCCACUGCUGAGUCCACAACUUUACCCACAACCGAGUCUUCAACUUUAACACCUGCUGAGUCCACAGCUCUACCCACAACUGAAUCUGAAACUUUAACUGCUGAGUCCACAACUUUACCCACAAAUGAGUCUUCAACUUUAGCCACUGCUGAGUCCAUAACUUUACCCACAACCAAGUCUUCAACUUUAACACCCACAACUGAAUCUUCAACUUUAGCCACUGCUGACUCCACAACUUUACCCACAAAUGAGUCUUCAACUUUAACCACAACUGAAUCUGAAACUUUAACUGCUGAGUCCACAACUUUACCCACAAAUGAGUCUUCAACUUUAGCCACUGCUGAGUCCAUAACUUUACCCACAACCAAGUCUUCAACUUUAACACCCACAACCGAAUCUUCAACUUUAGCCACUGCUGACUCCACAACUUUACCCACAAAUGAGUCUUCAACUUUAACACCUGCUGAGUCCACAGCUCUACCCACAACUGAGUCUGAAACUUUAACCGAUGAGUCCACAACUUUAACCGAUACCGAAUCUUCAACUUUAACUACUAUUGAGUCCACAACGUUAACAUCUACUGAAUCUGAAGCUUUACAAACAAGUGAGUCUGCAAAUUGA